GGCCCGGGGCGGGGGGCUGGUGCGCGUUUUUUCCCGCCCGGCCGGUGACAGCGCGCACUCGCUCCGGCAUGGUGCGCACCAAGGCGGGCUGCGGCGGGGCUGGCGGCGCCUACCGCAAAGUGGUGGCUGCCCGCGCUCCCCGCAAGGUGCUGGGUCCCAGCAGCAGCGUCAACUCGGGCUCCUCGCCCCCCACCAAGCGAGUUGAAAGCAAGUAUGCCGGUGGCAAUCCAGUGUGCGUGAGGCCCAUCCCAACCUGGCAGAAAGGGAUUGGAGAGUUCUUCAGGCAGUCGCCAGGCUCUUCAAGGAAAGAGAACCAGGUACUGGAUGACGAAGAGGCAGGAAGCAGUGGAAAAGGACGAUCGUCUAAGAAAGCUUGCCCCCUCCCUCCAGAUCCCACAGAAGAUGACGCAUCCUCUGAAGACGAGCAGAUGUGACCCUCUUGCACAUCCUUUGCAGAUGAGCAGAUGUGACCCUCUUGUGCCUCCAAUCUGAAAUUUAAUUUCCUAUACUUGAGUUGGAUUUUUGUACACUUUGUAUAUAAUUUGAUAUUCAUGCUGGCUUUUGUUCAGUUAUUGUACAGAAUUUAAGUAAUGUUGGGCUUUUUACUAAGUAAUAAUCAGCUAUAAGUUUGAGUGAUUACAAGAAAAAUAAUGGUGAAAUUAAUAUAUACCUUCUGAAGCAUAGCAUGCAAUAUAACAUUUUGUGCAAAUCUUAUUAUUAUAUUAUUAUUAUUACUUCUUUUUUACCUUUGCUUAAAAUUGUUGCCUUCCCCAGCCAUUUCACUAUAUUGUACUAUUUUUCACCUGCAGGCAUUUCUCUUGCUAAGAAUUGUGCCAUAUUUGUGCUCUGGUGAAAAAGCAGACUUUGACUUUUUAUUUUUUACUUAUAAAUAAUUAAAUUAAAGUAUCCUGCGACCAAA